AUUACACACUACUACGACGAUGAAUGGUGACGGGACAAUGCUGGGGAGAAUAUUACUGGUUAUCUCACUUUUUAUUGGAGUGCAAUCAUGGAGCACGAGUCACAGCUCGCUCCUUGAUCGGGGGCGUGGAACCCAAACCAUGAGGUGCACUACAAGUCCUUCUGCCGCAACGGGGAGAGUCAACCGACUCAUUUCGUCUCCAAUCAUUCUUCGUGCCGAAGGCAACGGCAGCAACGAAAAUGAACGUAAACCGUGGGACGUCCUCAGGUUUGUGCGCCAGUCUUCUCGGUUCGUGAGCCUGCCGUUCCCCGGAAGCGGGGCACCCAAAUCCUCCCUGGCCGAAGACCGCCGGGGGAGGAUCGCACCGGGGACCCUUUUGUGGAAAGCCGGUGACCGGGAUCGGAACGAUUUCGAAUUCGCCCCGCUCGACGAUGUCGUCAUGGGCGGCGCGUCCUCGUCGACGUUCGAUGAGGCGACCGGAAAGUGGACCGGAUCAGUCACCGACGCCAACAGCGGUGGAUUCAUCGGGAUUCGCUCGACUCCCCUGGUCAGCUACGAUUUGUCGGCCUGCACCGGCAUCGAGUGGACCCUUUCUGCUGCCGACAAGCAGCGGCUCAAGGUCGUUCUUCGAGAUUCCGCCGAUUUUAACGGCAUCGGCUGGACGACUAGCCGAGACGUGGCUGCUGCAGGAACCAUGGGCUCCAGGAAAUCGUUGGUCACGCUGAGGAUUCCGUUCGGCGGGAACGGAACCGGGAACAACCAACCGCUGCUGCCUUCCCGUUUUGCCAAGAUUCUAACCGAUUUUCCUCCGUUUGCUUCGUCGAGCGUUAAGGCCUUUCAGUUGACUUACUCGAAAUUUGAGUACGAUGGGGGAUUGAACCCAAGAUUCAACGUAGGGGAUUUCGGUAUACAAUUGCUUGAGAUUCGGAGCUAUUGACAACGUACGGAAGUAAAUGAAGUAAGCCGAG